CAAUCAUUUCCCCAUGCUAUAUAAAUUCAGAUGUGAACCAGCCACCUUCACACUGGUUCUUCAGACAGGACAGCGUCAAUUAAAACACUCUGACAAAGACUAAAACUGAACACCAUGAAGGUUCUUGUGGUGCUUGCACUUGCUGUAUUUACGGGUUGCCAGGCCAACCUAUUCUACGCUGAUGAGCCCAAGCCACAGCUGGAGCAGCUGACUGAUGCAUUCUGGAGCUAUGUUUCCAAGGCAACACAAACCGCAGAGGAAACCGUCAAGAUGAUCAGGUCUUCCCAACUGGGACAGGAAGUCAAUGCUAGACUGACCCAGAGUGCCGACAUGGCCAGCGAAUAUGCCGUCACCCUCAAGAAACAGAUGGAUCCUCUGGCUGAAGAGCUGAUGACCAAAAUCACCAAGGAAGCUGAAGUGUUGAGGGAGCGUUUGGGCCAGGACCUGAUCACUGUGAGAGACCAGCUGGAGCCCUAUGCUGACAACCUCAAGAGCCAGAUCCAGCAGAGAGUGGAGGAGCUCAGGACGGCCAUGGUUCCAUAUGCAGAAUCCCUGGAUUCUGAGACCCUGAAGGCCACUCUGCUCCAGAAGAGCGAGGAGCUGAGAGGAAACCUGGAGCAGAGCGUGAAGGAGCUGCAGGCUCAGCUGGAGCCCUACACUGCUGAAAUCAAGGAGAAGGUUGACCAGCGUCUGCAGGAGUUCCAGAAGACCGUGAGCCCUCUGGCUGAGGAUCUUCAGACCCAGAUUAGAGAGAGAGCCCAGAUGGUCCAGCAGAGUCUCACACCCUACGCUGAAGACCUGAAGGAAAAGCUGGACCCCUACGCACAGGACCUGAAGGACCAGCUCACCUCCCUGUACGAAUCCUUCAUCAAGAGAAAUUAGAUGCUACCAACAGACUUUUGCCAAUUGCUGCUAAUGUAAUUAGAUCUUAGAUAAAGUUCAAUGUGAAAGUGGUUUCUUCACUGUCUGUGGUUAACAUUAACAACUGCUGCUGACAUUACAGUGACCUGAUGGAAGUAUUUAUUCACAGCCAUGAAACAAAACACAAAGGUCCAAUGAAAAACGUGCAUCUACAUUUACACAGUGAUUUUUAUGUAAUAUUUGAAAGAUUACUUUUAAUUUAAAUGAAAUAAAUAUUUUGUUAACGAA